UUCACUCUCGCACUGUGUGAGGAUUGCUAUUGAGAAAGUUGUUUUGCAUGUUUUACUAUCGGCAGGCAGCGCAAACGAAACGAAGGAAUAGAGAGAAAAAAACACAAAAAGAAAUUAAAAUCAUUUGAACAUCGUUCGCCGUUAUUUGGAAAAAACGCAACGAGCAUCGAGAGAUCUUAACUGGUUGUUUUUUUGUGUAUCCUCUUCAUUCAUUUCAUUGAGCAGCGACACAAAACAAGCACGUAGUUUUAACUAUUGAAAAACUCCACUUGACAAAAAAAAGUGUAGGAGGAAAAACUUCAAAUGCAAACUUACUGACUUAAGCUCAAAAACUACGGAGACUUGAGUGAAAUCAACUGCGGAAAUAAGUAAAAAAAAAACCAAACGUAAAAAGUAAACGAUCGCUGCCGUAAAUUUAUUCGACAUCAAACUUCGAAUAAUAAAUAACGAUAACCAAACUGAAAAUGCUUAAACUGUAAAAUGCCAUAUAUUCACUAUAAUAAAAUCAAACUAACUAGCUAAAUUGAUGAAAAAAGAACACACAACGUACAUAUAUAGUAAUUUUAAUUGCUUCAACUGCAAUAUUAUCACGCGUAUAAAGUAGCAGUAAUGAGACAGCAAGUAAUAAUGAAUCUAUUAAGUGCAAUGAAAACCAAUUCGGAAAAUUAUGCAUCAAUAAAUGUAACCCGUUAAGUGGUUAUGUUUACAUUUUCCAUGUAAUCCCACUAUCGAUAAAUAAUCCUCGGAAAAAUACUCAAUUUUCCUUAACGAUCACAACUUAUUUGAUCAGUUUUUUUAGUAGCCAUUAAUAAAAAGCACUGCCAUUCAUAGUUUCAUUGCCAUUGAAAAGCAGAUUUUAAUAGAGCAAACGAGCAAAAAAAGAGAAAAAAAAAACAGCAAAACGACCUGCCUAAAGGACAUGGUACGCUAAAAUAAAUCAACGCAAAUAUUUGCUUAUUAAAUGCACAUAGCAAACAGCUAAUAAAAAAAACCAAAUGGUGACAGGUGAGCCAAUUCAAAUUGAGUGACAGAAAACUGUGUGAUAAAAUAAAUGAUUGAAUAAUUUGCAAAAUUGUUGAGCAAACAAACACAACGAGAGAAUAUUAAAAACGAGUAUCAAAAAAAGAAACACCAGUGAUUAGCACAAUAAAAUCAACUGAAAUAAAAAGGACAUAGUGAAUGUGUGUUUUCAUUUUAAAUUGUGAGUGGGUGAAUAAAAGCAACGCUAAAAAAAACGCUAAAUGAAUCGUGUCUAUGCAAAUUGAGUGUAUUGGACGGUUUAUAGAAUACAAGUUACCGCAGAACAAACACUGUCAUAUCUCAAGAGACAACAGUCGAGUGUGAGUGUAUCUGAAACAAGCAUAAAAGAGAGAAAAAGACAGUAAAAAAGAUAAUUAUAACAAAAAUAACGACUACAUUUUCGAGAUUUUAAUCAAAUUGAGUAGAAAAAUGAUAAACAAACAUACAAAACUAAAAACAUGCAAUUAAAUUAUCACAAUGAAAACUAACGAGAUUACGUUUUAGAUAGAAAAAGAGUGCAUUUGGUGCAACAAAAAAUAUAUCAUAGAGACAAGCCAAGAAAGAAAACAAAAACAACGUGUCAAUCGAUUAAAGUUUGUCGUCAUACAUUGCGGUUAAACGUUGGCUGAUGUGUGGUUAUCGUGACUCAAAAUGAACACGAUCAUUAUGAAUUCAAUGGAACAAUGGUACACAAUGAACGAUGUGGUCGUUACGAGCGAACGUCGAAUUAACGAUUAAACAUUUAUGAAAAAAAAAAAUAAAAUAAAUUAGUACAAUUAACAUUUUCGAGAGACGAAAAGGAUUCCGUUGUUGUUCAUUAUUUUAAAUCCCUGUUCUUAAUUGUGUUCUUCAUUAUUUUCCGUGCACAAAAUAGCCACUUCAUUCGACGGGAGAAGGUGAUGCCGAACAACACCGGUUAAUUCACUUAUUGCUCGUAUUAAAGUGAAGCCACAAGGUUUCAUUAUCGUUUAAAUUCAUUUAAAUGCGUACACAUUUCCUCUCAAUGAUUUUUGUUUAACCAUCGAAAAGUCAUUGAAUGAAUAUCAGCUUAAAAGCAACGCGAAAACAUUAAAGAGGAAGGAAAAAAGAAACUUUUUUUACAAGCUUAAAGUGAUAUUGCAUGUGCGAGUGUUUAAAUUUGCACAUUAUUCCGAAUAAAUUACUUGAACAUUGGCUAAGAAACUUGAACUCUCCUCUUAGAUUACAAAGGCUAUUACGAAUGAUAAUAACAAAGUGUCGACGUGAUUUGACUUUUUUUACCGCUGGCCUUCGCAUCAUCUAAUGCAAAUGCGAGGGUGCGCGCCCGCAUCACAAUUUAUAAACUUGGUGUGUAUUGUUGUCAUUACACUGAUGCUACAUUUAUUGUACACGACAAUGAGAAUGAUUUGAAUGGUGUAAAUCUUUGCUACAAUCUUCAGCGCACACCCGACAACAAAUAUUGUACCGAAAAUAAAUUUGGUUUGCGGCACGUCGAGUGAAAAUUUCUGCUCGGUUUCAUUUCUAUGUUUGGUGUGGAUAUUGAGCACUGGGUAGCAAGAGAGUCAAGCAAUACACAAACAUUGCGACCGAUUCAAAAGAAGAUUACCGAAAAAAAGGCAGCAGCCAAAAGUUGUCGCACGCAUAAACACGAAACAAACUAAAAAGAAAAAAGGGACAGAAACAAGAAAAUCACAAACAAACCAACAUCACACAAUAUACCAGAAAAGGAAGAACAAAAAACGCGUUAUAAUAAAAUAUUUACUGACAACAAAGGAAAUUUGCAUACACAUUAUUACACCAUCAAAACAUCAAAAAUUACUUUUGUUUCUUUUACCUACUGUCGAUUGAGUCUGAAACGUCAAACGAUUGAACAUUUUCGAAUGAACGGAAUAUUGUGCGCGUGUAUGUGACUCAUGAUUUUGACGAUAAUGAUUGAAUGUCAGUGGCUUUUUUCCGCAUUGAACGACUAUUUUACACGAUUUUCGGUUAAAACAAAUUUAUAAAACAUAAAAUCGGCUCGUGCUUUAUCGUCAAACGGAACACAAUCCUGUCCGUUGUCAAAUCGGCAAAGCAUUUAGUCUUUUUUUGUGUUUCGAUAUUUUGUUGUGAUAUUGAAUGGUAUAAUUUUUUUCAAGUGUUUUUCACACUCCCUCGACGAAAAGACAAUAACAAUACUGAGUGCGAAAAGAAAGAACUGAGUGCAUAAAAAAAAAGAGAAGAACGAAACGUUUUUAAGUGAAACACAACCAACUGGAGCACAUGAUGGGCACGAGGGUCGGCGUAUCACCAUCGCCACCAACGAUCGAGUAGCUUGAAUGGCUGUCAAACAACGGCAGUAGCAUCGCAUGCCAGUGGCUGCUUCCUUCCGCCAAUUAAAACAGUAUCAAAAAAACUACUACUCGCAAAUCGAAACCACAUUAUCCAGAUAGCUCGCCAUCCUUUUAUAGACGUGAUUACCAAGGGGGCUUACAAAGGGCCCCCGUUUCAGCGCAUAGUAUGGAGUUUUUACGCGGCAUUUAUGCUUUUAUGCAAGUCAGUCGUUCAUCGGCACAUCAUGUGAAAACCGAUUCAGCUGUAUUCCGUUUACAUACAAAUGCAACCGUUAUUUUACUUGUAACAUUUUCAAUUGCUGUCACUACCCGGCAAUACGUUGGAAAUCCAAUAGACUGCGUACAUACGAGAGAUAUACCCGAAGACGUACUAAAUACAUAUUGUUGGAUACAUUCAACGUACACAGUUGUCGAUGCAUUUAUGAAGAAACAGGGAUUGGAAGUGCCUUUUCCAGGUAUAGAUAAUUCACAAGGUGGUCGAGGACCGCUCACGAUAAAACACAACAAAUAUUAUCAAUGGGUAGCGUUUACACUAUUUUUCCAAGCGAUAUUAUUUUAUACUCCGCGUUGGUUAUGGAAAUCAUGGGAGGGUGGAAAGAUACACGCACUGAUGCUCGAUCUCGAUAUCGGCAUCUGUUCCGAAAUUGAAAAGAGACAAAAGAAAAAGCUACUAUUAGACUACUUAUGGGACAAUUUAAGGUACCACAAUUGGUGGGCAUAUCGAUAUUACGUAUGUGAGCUGCUGGCGCUGCUGAAUGUAGUGGGUCAAAUGUUCUUAAUGAAUAAAUUCUUCGAUGGUGAAUUCAUGACAUUUGGCUUGGAUGUCAUAGCUCAUAUGGAAGCGGAUCAAGAGGAUCGCAUGGAUCCAAUGAUUUAUAUCUUCCCAAGGAUGACGAAGUGUACAUUUUAUAAAUACGGUGUCAGCGGUGAAGUGGAACGACACGAUGCAAUUUGCAUACUGCCGCUAAAUGUGGUCAAUGAGAAGAUCUACAUAUUUCUUUGGUUUUGGUUCAUCUUACUAUUCAUACUGACUUCACUAACAUUAAUUUAUCGUGUUGUUAUAAUAUUUUCGCCCAGAAUGAGGGUAUAUCUACUACGUCUAAGAUUUAGGUUAGUGCGUCGUGAUGCCAUAGAGAUAAUUGUACGUCGUUCAAAGAUGGGCGAUUGGUUCUUAUUGUAUAUGUUAGGCGAAAACAUAGAUACAGUUAUAUUCCGUGAUAUAAUGCAAGAGUUAUCGAAUCGUUUAAGCAUAAAUCAACAUCAUCAUGUUCCUGGGAUGAAAGGCGAAAUGCAAGAUGCUUGAUAUUUGUAUGGAUGAUUGGCGUUCACCGAAACCGAAUUGAAUGCCAUUUGCAUUGACGAAGAUGUGAUUGCCAAUGCUGUAAUCAGAUCCAUAGCUGCUACCGUUAUUGAUACUUUAAUGGUUUACUGUAAACAUACAUUACUGAUAAUUACUUAAAUCUAAACAUACCAAUGCAUACUUGUUUCACAUGCACCGAUGUUGAUGAUGCAGAUAAACGUAAUUCAUUAAUUUUAAUACACCAAUAAGUAGAACGAAGACGACGACGAAGAUGACGAUGAAUAAAAAUAAUAGCAACAAUAACAACCAAAAUGAACAAUAAUAGCGUUUUUAUUCGUAGUACGAUAAACACUUAUUGUUUCUAAAUUAUUUAUUAGUAUAAUAUUUAAUAUAUUAAUAAUAAAUAAUUAAUAAAAAAUGACGUUAGUGGUGUAAGAAUAAUCGAAAGCAUGAGAUUGUCCAAGUCAUGUUGAAAUUGAAAAUUCGUCAUUCAAUGCAUCAAAAAUUAUCCAUUGUCGAAAGCACUAUUACUACACAUAGCAUCUAAGUGAUCACUCACAUGGCAUCUCUCGUGCGCAUAUAUAUACAUAUGAAAUAUAAAACAAGAAAAGAAAAUUGACGAUGAUAGAGACACAGAGUAACUCAUGUUGAAUUAAUUAAAUGUUGGCAACAUUUCAAUUGCCAAAUUAAAUGUAAGAAAUAACAAAAAGGAUGUCUCUUGCCUUUUAGCAAACCAGUCAACAAAAAUGAUAAAACUCAACAUAUGUGUUCAAAUAUUCAAUAUUCCUUCGUUGUACUAGCAAGCAUCUGAUCCGCAGCUACAUUCAAAAGCGGAACAAAUAAAAACUCUAAAUGGAAAUAAAUGAUUCAAUCGAAGAAGACAAGAGCAACAAAUGAACACACACCCACACACAUCAAAGUGACACGGCGUCACAUGAUACAAAUUUACACAUGUCAAUAUCAAUAUAUUUCGAAGGAAAUGAUAACCAAUCGAUCGAACUGCCCGAUAUGACGAACAAAAAAAGAGAAAGAAACGCAAUGCGUGCGCUCUCUAUUUGAAGAGCUCCUGUAUAUACACGAUUUUUAAAUACGAUUUAAUCAAAUCCAACCGGAAUGCAAGCAAAUUCGGAUUCACCAUUUCAUCUUUCUUAUGUUGGUUUCGAUUUUUUUUUCUUUCAUCAUAUUCAAAUCAAAGCAUUUUUAGACACGAAUUCAUAAAAUUUGUAUAAAUUAUAUUCAAAAUGCUGUAAAAAUUAGGCACAAUACUAAUGAUAACAAUAAUAAUGGUAAUGGUAAUAGAACGAUUGUAUCAUUAUUAUUUAAGGGAUACAUCUAAUUCAUUGAGAUAAGAAAGCAAUAACUUAUACAUAUGGUAAACGAUACAGAAAAUCUCUUGUCAUCAUAACUUCUAAUUAGUUUCAUGAGAAUGGCCAACAAAAAAAAAACCAAAUAAAUAAACACGUUUCACACAACUUUAGCAAGG